AUGUAUUUUGAUGGAGCAACUAAUCAAAAUGGAAGUGGCAUUGGAGUUCUCCUAAUUUCUCCAAAAGGGACACACAUCCCAUUCUCUAGUAAGCAUAACUUUCCUACCACUAAUAAUGGCACUGAAUAUUUACAAGCAGCCCUAAGUCUUAGAGUGAAAGAGUUGGAAGUAUAUGGUGAUUUAGCCUUGAUAAUUUCUCAGAUUCAGAAUAGAUGGAAGAUCAAGGAAGAAAGGCUAAUGCCUUACCAUGAAUGUCUCCAAAAGUGGGCCUCGAAAUUUAGUAAGAUCCAGUACCAAUAUAUGCCAAGAAUGCAGAAUCAGAUUGCAGAUGCUUCAGCAACAAUGGCAUCCAUGAUGGAUGGACCUAAGGAAGAUGAAGCUAGACCAACAGUGGUUGAACAAAAAGAAAAGCUUGCUCAUUGUAUGUCAAUAGAAGAAGACGAGGAAAAGAAUGGAGAAGGUGAAUGGUAUUCAGACAUCCUACAGUACCUUAAGGAUGGGACAUACCCAAAGUCUACAGACAAGAAUGACCAAUUGACCAUUAGAAGGUUGUCCACUAAUUAUAUUAUUUGUGGUGGGAGGCUUUACAAAAGAUCAUAUGAUGGACUUCAUCUCCCUUAUGUAAUUGCCAAAGAAGCACAGCAAAUAAUUGAAGAGGUUCAUGAGUCAAAUUAUGGGCCAUAUAUGAAUGCACACAUGUUGUCACAAAAAAUAAUGAGAUAA